GCUCACAGGUUCGAACACAUUGGUUCCUGUUCCUACAGUUAGCAUUUAAUUCACGGGUUCUUCUUCCGGACACGUUAUUGUUGCAUCAGCAUCCAACCAUCCAGCACUGUGGCUAUGUCGACCUCAGGAGAGCCAGCCUUUGAGUAUGGCUCCUUGCUACAGAUAAAUGAGGAGGCCACGCUGGCGGUGGCCCUGAAUGACUACCUAACCUCACGCAGCUACCUGGCAGGGUUCAGCCCCUCCCAGGUUGACCAGAAAGCCUUUAAGCUCCUCCACAGGCCCCCAGACCCGCAACAUGUCCACGCUCUGCGCUGGUACAGACACAUAGCAGCCCUGCAGCAGGACCUCAACCCUGAGAGCAGCAUGAAGGGAAAGCGGGUUCAGCCCCCGUGGUCUGCCCCAGCGGGAACAGAUGUUCCCCAACUUCGACUCUACAACAGCCUGACCAGAGCGAAGGAGCCGUUUGUUCCCCAGAACGGGAAUAAAGUAACUUGGUACAGCUGCGGGCCGACAGUGUAUGAUGCCUCACACAUGGGACAUGCCAGAUCCUACAUAUCUUUCGAUAUUCUGCGAAGGAUAAUGAAGGACUACUUCAAGUAUGAUAUCUUCUACUGCAUGAACAUCACAGACAUAGAUGACAAAAUCAUUAAAAGGGCCCGACAGACCCACCUCCUGGACCAGUACAAGGAGAAGAAGCCUCAAGCUGCUCAAAUCCUGCAGGAUGUCCUGAGCGCCAGAGGGCCCUUUCAGGCCAACUUGGCUACGACAGCAGACCCAGACAAGAAGCAGAUGCUGGAGAGGCUGGACGCUGCUGUCACAGCCGCUCUGCAGCCCCUGCAGGCGGCGAUUGAGGGCAAAGCAGCACCAGCGGUCGUACAACCUCUGGCACAGGUGCUGCUGGAGAACUCCAAAGACCUGAUGUCAGAUUUUUUGGACAAGCAGUUUGGAAGUCAAGUCACAGAGAACUCAAUCUUCUCCAUUCUCCCUAACUAUUGGGAGGGAGAGUACCACAAAGACAUGGAGGCCCUGAACGUUCUUCCUCCAGACGUUCUCACUCGAGUCAGCGAAUACGUGCCUGAGAUUGUGGAGUUUGUGAAGAAGGUUGUCUCAAAUGGUUACGGGUAUGAAUCGAAUGGUUCUGUGUACUUUAACACCUCCAAGUUUGAUGCCUGUCCGCAUCACUCGUACGCCAAACUGGUGCCUGAGGCGGUCGGGGAUCAGAAAGCUUUAGAAGAGGGAGAAGGUGACCUGAGCAUCUCUGCUGACAGAUUAAGUGAGAAAAAGUCCCCCAAUGACUUCGCCUUGUGGAAAGCCUCCAAGCCCGGAGAGCCUUCAUGGGACUCUCCAUGGGGGAAGGGAAGGCCUGGCUGGCAUAUUGAAUGUUCGGCCAUGGCUGGCUCCAUCUUGGGAGAGUCCAUGGACAUCCACGGUGGAGGGUUUGAUCUACGAUUCCCCCAUCACGACAACGAGUUGGCUCAGUCCGAGGCUUUCUUCGAGAAUGAUUACUGGGUCAGAUACUUCCUGCACACCGGACACCUGACAAUUGCUGGCUGCAAGAUGUCAAAAUCUCUGAAGAAUUUCAUCACUAUUAAAGACGCCUUGGCAAAGAACUCAGCCCGUCAGCUCCGUCUGGCUUUCUUGAUGCAUUCCUGGAAAGACACCCUGGACUACUCUUCCAACACAAUGGAGUCGGCCGUCCAGUACGAGAAGUUCAUGAAUGAGUUCUUCCUGAAUGUGAAAGACAUAAUGCGCGCUCCUACUGAUCUCACCGGGCGAUUUGAGAAGUGGGAGACAGCCGAGGUGGAGCUCAACAACAGUUUCUACGACAGGAAGUCCGUCGUCCAUGAGGCUCUGUGCGACAAUGUGGACAGUCGCACCGCCAUGGAGGAGAUGAGAGUGCUGGUCGGCCAGAGCAACAGCUACAUCGCCAGCAAGAAGAGCGCCAAGCUGAGGCCCAACCGCAUGCUGGUGGAAAGCGUUGCUGUGUAUCUCACCAACAUGCUGAAGAUAUUCGGUGCCAUUGAAGGAUCGGAGCCCAUCGGGUUCCCAAUGGGACAAAGUCAGAACGUUGAUCUGGAGAGCACAGUGAUGCCGUACCUCACUGUGUUGUCAAAUUUCAGAGAGGAAGUCCGAAAAAUUGCCCGAGAGCAGAAAGUGAUGGAGUUGCUGCAACUGUGUGAUGUUGUCCGUGACGAUACUUUACCGGAUCUGGGAGUCCGGCUGGAAGAUCAUGAAGGUCUGCCCACUGUGGUGAAACUAGUGGACAAGGAGACAUUACUGAAGGAGCGGGAGGACAAGAAACAGGUGGAAGAAGACAAGAAAAGGAAGAAGGAAGAGGCUGCCAGGAAGAAACGAGAACAAGAGGUGGCUAAACUGGCAAAGAUGAAAGUCCCUCCAUGUGAAAUGUUUCUCACUGAAACCGACAAAUAUUCCAAAUUCGAUGAAACGGGUUUCCCCACUCACGAUGUUGACGGGAAGGAGCUGAGCAAAGGACAAGCCAAGAAGCUGCGCAAGUUCUACGAGGCCCAGGAGAAAUUACACAAUGAGUAUCUUGAGAUGAACCGAAAUGGCAACUGAUUGUGUUUACAAACUGCCCAAGCCAUCCGCUCUACAGGAAACCUACAGAAUAAAUGUUUAGGCCAGAGAUGCUGGGUCAUCGUUUGUCUCCUCUUUAUCAGAUUUGGAUCAAAAAACUAAUUUGUAUAUUUCAGAAUGACGGUUAAAAUUGACACUUCAUAACCAAAGUCCAUGCAGCACUGCUGAAGGACAUUUCCUCCUUGUUCUGUUUGUCCACAACAGCAACAACAAGUGAUGUUUUACCAUGUGACGUUGUCUCAAAGAUGUUUUAUACAUUAAUUAUGUUUUUGACUGAAACUCUGAAACUCUGUAAAACUGCCAGUCAGCUGAAGAAUUAAAAAGAUGUUUUACUGUACGAUUUAUCUUUUAAGUUUUAAAAUGAAAUACAAAUGAAAUACAUUUAGGAGAAUCGUAUACACCUACAGCAUAUAAAGAUGGGUAACACGUUAAAAGAAAACAUUUAUUUACAAGUCUCAUGACUUCACGGAUGAACGUCAUUUGACCAAAAACAUAUUCCCUCAUUCGGUUCUUAGAUCUACUUAAAAUAUUUUUGCUAGUUCCAAAUUUAAUUUCAAAUGUUUAUUCAGUUGUAUAUUCUGUACAUUUACUGGAUUGCAGGCUUACAGGAUAUGGCUGCUGAUAUUCUAUAGUUGAUGUUCUUUUUGUCAUUGAAUCCUAUGAAAAGACCAAAACUAACGUGUUUUUGUGUCUCUUCAUACGUUCUGAGUCCACUGGCACUCAUCCCCAAGUCCAUUGGUUCCUGCUGGAGAUGUAAAUCUUUAAAAACAGCUCACAAGUAUAUAUUUUCUUUAGUUUUCUAAAAAGACUCGGCCAUUUAAAAAAAAAAACAGCUGGUCGCUGUAGUUUUUAACAAACAUUACUCAAACGGGGGAAAAGUGCAUUUGUUGGGGACUAUUUUCAAUGGCGGAUAAAUCCGCCUUACAUACAACGCAAGGAUACAAAGGAAAAACAUAUCGGACAGUUCUUGUUUGUAGGAUCAAUCCAUUGUUGCUUUUGGUCUUUUAAUGGGAUUAGUUGACAAGAAAAAUAUAGAAUAUCAACAGACUAAAGUCAUUGCAGCUGAUUUCUCAUCCUUGUGGGGAAAUGUAUAACUUCCUUAAACCUUCCGUUCGUGUGGUCUCCCAUGGCUUGAGGGAAACCACAUGAAGAGGAACUUUUUAUUCCAUUCAACCGUCCAUUAGGGUUAUGUAUUUUUGUACCAUUUGUGUAUUGCAAUUUCAUGGUCAUGUGAAGGCGUAGCUGCAGUAAUGUUGUCAUAUAAGAAGAUGCUCAAAUAAAGAGGCAGUAAGCGCUUAUGAUGUUGUUUCAAGAAAUAAAAUUGGUCAUGCUUGUAAA